UCUGGACGCUCGGCUCCACCUCGCUUGUCUCAUCCGCCUCGUCCACCUCGUCCAUCUCCUCCGCAGCCAUGGGCUCGCAGCGCGUAUCGUCAUACCGCCGCACGUUCGGCACAGGCAGCGCCUACAGCCCCCGCUCGCUGUCGUCGCGCUCCUACGCGGGCAGCAGCAGCAGCGUCGUGCGCUCCUCGCGAUCCAUGGCCCUGGGCAGCAGUGGCAGCGUGGCCUCCUCCCUGUACGGCCGUUCCUACAUUAAGGCCAUGCCCAACCAGAGCGUGGACUUCUCGCUGGCCGAGGCGCUCAACGCCGACUACCGCACGACGCGCACCAACGAGAAGGUGGAGCUGCAGGAGCUCAACGACCGCUUUGCCAACUACAUCGACAAGGUGCGCUACCUGGAGCAGCAGAACAAGGCGCUGCUGGCCGAGCUGGCGCUGCUCAAGGGCCGAGAGCCAACCCGGGUCGGGCCCCUCUACGAGCAAGAGCUGCGGGAGCUGCGAGCGCAGGUGGAGCGGCUCACGGGCGAGAAGGCCCGCGGAGACGUGGAGAGGGCCAACCUUCUGGACGAGCUGCAGCGACUGCAGCAGAGGCUUCAGGAGGAGACCGCUGCUCGCGAAGAAGCUGAGAAGAACCUGCAGGCCUUCCGCCAAGACGUGGACGAUGCCACGCUGGCACGCGUGGACCUGGAGCGGAAGGUCGAGUCUCUGCAGGAGGAGAUCGCGUUCCUGAAAAAAAUUCACGAUGAGGAGCUGCGGGAGGUGCAGGUGCUGGUGCAGGAGCAGACGGUGCACGUGGAGUACGACGUGGGAACCAAACCCGACCUCACCGCCGCCCUGCGCGACAUCCGCGCCGAGUACGAGGGCAUCGCGGCCAAGAACGUGGCGGAGGCGGAGGAGUGGUACAAGUCCAAGUUUCUGGAUCUGAGCGAGGCAGCCGUGCGCAACAAUGAGGCUCUGCGCGCCGCCAAGCAGGAGCUGAUGGACUACCGCCGCCAAGUCCAGGCGCAGCAGUGCGACAUCGACUCCCUCAAGGGCGCCAAUGAGUCGCUGGAGCGCCAGAUGCGAGAGAUGGAGGAGCGUUUCAGCGUGGAGUCGGCCAAUUACCAGGACACGAUCACGCGCCUAGAGGACGACAUUGGGAACCUCAAGGACGAGAUGGCACGCCACCUGCGCGACUAUCAGGAGCUGCUGCAUGUCAAGAUGGCUCUGGACAUCGAGAUCGCCACCUACCGCAAGCUGUUGGAAGGAGAGGAGACCCGGAUUGCUCUACCAAUUCAGCAGCUCGGAUCUUUCAACAUAAGAGAGUGCAGCCCAUCCCAUGACGUGUACAGCAAGAAGACUGUGCUCAUCAAGACGAUUGAGACGCGCGAUGGGGAGGUGAUCACCGAAUCCACCAAGAAGGAGCACAUCUAAAGAAGUGAAAUUCCAGCCAACGAGUAUUCUCCUAUCCCUACACCCACACCUCGUAGCCACUAUUAAACCUCCAUCCGCACCAUUGACAUGCACCACAGUUAUCACACGUUAUUUUAGUAAUGCCUGUGCAAAUUUAACACGUACCAGGUUUUCACAGACAAUAUUAUGAUUCGUAAAUGAUUUUUGUGUAGUUAAGAUCCUCCAUCAUUCGACACGGCCAAACAAAUGAAACUGUUGCGUGUACAAGCGUUUAACAACGCACCAAUUAGAAUUGUUUCAGCUCACUGGUGAGUUUAAGAAUUCUCACAACCAACAUAAUCAAGAAAAUCCAGGAAUAAAAUCAAGGCAACAAUUCUGACUUUAUGCAGUUUUCUAUAGAUGAUUGGCGUAAUUUCAAGCAAAGCGACGCAUCUCAAUGAACGUGGUUGCAAGGCUUCUUCUUUAACUGACCGGCGAGCUCACAGAAUAUUUGGUGUGUGUUAAGCGCUUAUACACGUGGCAAUUGGAUUUCUUUGGCUAUAUUUGGUGGUGGAGGUUGUGCAAAUGUUGUGCUUUUUGGUUCUGGUGUUGUAAUAUUUCCUUAAAGCAUGCUCAUAUGUUAGUUCAACCUGUUAGGCCAGACUGGCAGUGGCUUGGGGAGGCCUUGACCUAGCAGUGGAUUGAUCAUGGCUGAUGAUGAUGAAGCCAGAUAGGUGACACUAUCCGAUAUGAGGGCUCUAGUCAAUACAUACCUGGUGGCUGCUCCAGUACCCAGCCACUCUUGAGACCAGUUGCCGAGCACAAGGCGCCAAAGGCCCAAUACACCAAGCGGCCAUGCAACAAACAUCACCCGUCAGAAUUGUAAUAGAUAAGAGUUAACACGUGUCUUGAUUCGGGCAAGGUUAUCAUAGUAGCGUGGGACAACAGACAAUGGGAGGGAAUUCCAAAGUGGAGUGGUGCGAGGGAAGAUGCAUGAAGAGAAGGAUUGUAACUUGCAGUGUGGUGGUAGAACAUAACGUUGAUGAGAGGAAACAAAUCACGUGUUGCCAUUUCCGCAGAACCGUUGUUACGAUGCUUAUUUGCUUGACUGCUGUCUGCAAUUUCCGUGACCUCGUGAAUUGUGUACAUGGUGAUGCACACCAUGCACACGUGAUAUGAUAUGUAGAGAUAUGAUGUGUAAAGAAACCGAACGAUCUUAUGUUAUCUUAAUUAGAUUUAUAUAAAAAAAAAUCAAACAAUAUGCCUCCAUACAUCUGUCCCUCCACAUGAGAAGGGCCAGAGAGCUAAAGGUAUGUUUUACACAUCUAUUCAAGAUUUCGGUAAUGCAUAAUUCCUGCAGAUUUGAUUCAACACAAGCAACACUCCGGACGAGUUUUGAGAUUGUGUCUCAUAAGCAUUCAGACUUGCUUGAAUCAAUAUGGGCGAACUGCCAAAUAUUUAUAGAGGUCACCCGACUGCGUUGGACACAGAAGUAUACGUGUAGGCAAGCCUGUCUCAUCGGCAGUGAGGCUUGCUUGAAGACCAUGUGACUGGAGAGACAUGUAUGUGAAGGCGAAUGUUAUGUUUAGUUAUAUUCUCCACAAGGACGCUAAUGAUCGGUGGUAUAGGUCAUGAUAAUUGUAUGACGACAGCAUUAAACUGGCUCCACGGGAAGAGCUUAGACGAGUAGAGGAAGUCGACCACUUAGAAUAAAUACUUUGAAUAUUUGUAUCCAAGUGUGACCAACAGAGCCAGUGUGACUUCAUACAGGGCGUACACUGGGCUGGCUAUUCUGAUUGCAAAGUAGACUGGCAUCUGGGCUCGGUGCCAGCUGCUUCACACGUUGGCUAAUGCCUGGUGCCUGUAUGGUGUAGAGGAGUGGUCAUGGGGCUGCUCAGGGUCAGUGGAACAGAGGUAGAUGGGGCGCAGUGGUGACGCGACGCGUGAUUAAACUCUGAGAGCCAUUUUGUGAUAACAUACUUUAUAAUAUUAUAGGUGUCGUUACUAUUAAUAAAGUGAUAACUUUA